UAGAUACAUAUUUAUUUUUAGAAAUGCACACUGUUUUUUAAAUAAAUAUUUCAAAAUAUUAAAGUUAUUAGAUAUUGAAUAGUUAUGAGUUCAUCUUCAAGUGAUGAAGAUGAUGAAGAAGCAAGAAGAAUACGAGAAUCUGUGAAUGGGUUUGAAAUAGCUAAACAGUUAUCAGAUCAUGUUAGAGAGAAUAAAUCAAAAAAUUAUAAAGACAGUGAGAGCAAAAGAGCUUCUAAAGAAGACAAUGAAGAUAUAAACAUUUUAAAAAUAACACCUGAAGUUCAAAAAUUUGUAUCUAUCAAACUAUCUAGUUAUCUAGACAAGACAUUAAAAGAAAAGAUAUUUGAUCAAUCUAAAUCCAAUGCACCUAAUCAAAUUCAAAAAUCAGAAGGUAUUCAUCUUUUUUCUCAUUCAAUAAUGAUUCCAGAUGAUUUUGAUGAGAAACCUGUUAAAAAACACCAAAAAAUAAAAAGGAAGAGGCUUUCUAGCAGCGAAGACGAAGAAUCUUUAGAAAAAUUCCAAUCAGUUGCAGUGACGAUUGAAUCUAUCAUGAAAGAUGCUUGUGAAUAUGUAAAGAGAGACGAGAAACCAAUAUUAAAGAACGGUAGAAAGUAGCAUUGAAAGACUUGAGUUGAAUAAUAUAGCUGGUAAUCAAUAUGAACGUUAUAUAUAAAGACAGAAAGUAUUUAGCUUACAAAUCGUUAGAGAUUUAAUUUUUGCAUAUGAAAUAUAAAAACCUGAAAAAUUAGCAAUUGUGACAUCCAACGUAACUCAUUUCAAUGUAAAUCUUGAUUGCUUUGUUGUUGGGUUUGUUGCUUUAUGUUAAAGCGUCAAGUCAAUUCACCCUGGUUUCUAAAAUUUUGUAUUUUUUAAAAGAAUAAUAGUUAAUCAGUUA